AUGAAGGUCACAAUAAAGGAAUGGAACGCUGUCGCUUCGUGGCGCUGGAACAUGCCCGAAGACGAGGUGUGUGGUAUCUGUCGCGUACAAUUUGACGGGACUUGCCCAACGUGCAAGUUUCCUGGGGACGACUGUUCGCUGUGUAUGUUUUGGGCAGAUUUCUAUUGGGGUCUAGCUGACCUUUUUUUUUUGCCUUUAAGUGCUCGGAAAAUGCGGUCAUUCUUUCCACAUGCAUUGCCUCUUGACAUGGAUCCAACAAGAGUCCUCGAAGGGGCUCUGUCCGAUGUGCAGACAAAGUGGUACUCGGAGAUGUCGUCGUUGCCAAAGCAAUACAACCCUGUGUUUUCGUCGUCGCCCUCUAGACACUCUCCCUUCCGCGAGGGCGCCGCUGCUACCGCCACCAACACCAACAUCGCCGCCUCCGCAUCGCUGCCAAUCGAACGAAAUGGCCAGCCUCAGAUAACACAGCGCCCCUCACUAGGCACUCACGAAACGCAUGGCAACUAUGGUCACGAUGAAGGAUACGGAGAUGAAGAAGAAGAAGAAGGGGACGUGAAUCGUCCAGAUCCCGACUUCAAGCCCUUCUUCACAUUAAUCGAAGACGAGAAUUCGGGCGACUACCAUCAUCCAACCGUGCACUACAUCUUUUCAGACGACGACCCGGACUUGAUCACCGAAGCCUCGCUUCGCGCCCUACAGGGGGAUGGCCAUGAUUCUCUAGGGCAGAAUAUACAGGGAAGCAACAUUGAAGAAGGAUCAGAAGACAUAUUACACAAGCCUUCAUUCCUCCCUCCACCGAUGCCGGGCGUAAAAGAGCGAUUUCUCAUUCUGGAUGUGGAACAAACGAAUAGCAGCAAUAACAACCAAGGAGGCCCAUCUUCAGCCCCAGAUGCGCAACCCCAGUUUGCUACAUCUGCAGGCACGGUGGUGUCUACCUCGCCAGCUCAGAAACAAGCAACUCACGGAUAUCGAAUUGCAUCGGCGCAUAGCCUGACACCAGACUGGCAGGUGCUCAACACAUCUCUCAGCCUGGCACCUACAUUUGACACGCCCCAAAUGACAAACGACCCGGACGCCGAUCCCAAUGCCUCGAGUAGCGGCGCCUUGAUGCUUAGAAUAGAAGGCACAGCUGGAUUUCCUCGUGAUGUGGCCAGUGGCAAGGACAGAGACGCAAAGUCACAAACACUGGAGGAAAUGAUGGAGCAGUUUGAGAAACGAAUGUCUGAACUGAGACGUGUUAUUGAAGCUGGUGGAGACCGUCAUCGCGCACCCGAUGGUGGAACAGAGGCACACGAAGCCCAACCUACAGGUGCAGGAGUUGUUGCACAUGACGCAGAGCCAUCGGUUCCUGAAGCAAGCCCUACAUGA